AAUCUGGCGCGCGUUUUCCAUCAGAUCCCCUCAGAAAGUGAGGUUAAGUCAGUCAUAAAUUUUUAUAUUUACCGGUUAUUUUCCAGUAAACAAUUACUUGUUUAAAUUUUGCCAAUUGCGAUAAAAGAAUAGAGAUUUUUUAUUAAUAUUGUGUUUAAAUAUAAUUCAUAAAUAUGGGAGAUACUGAUUUUAAUGAACUUUUACGAGAAGCUGAACAACUUUCUGCUGCUGUCGAAGGCAAUGGUGAACUUCCUCAGGUCGAGAGAAAUCUUCGACAAAUAUUGCAAGAUUCCAAUGAGCUUUUAUCGCGUGUUAUUCAAACUGGAGCUCAGGAUAAUCAGGUCCAAGCUCAUCUUCUUUUGGGUUCUCGAGGAAUUGAUUUACCACAAAUCUCACAGAAAUUAAAUUCACUUAGUACUCGUCGAACAUUUGAGCCAUUGGAUCCAAUUGCAGACACAGAUAUUGUCAGUUAUCUUCGUAACGAGAAAGAAAAUGCAAUUCUCUCCAUUAUUGAUCAAGUCCAUAAGGAUACAUUUCAAUCGAAUCGAGUACAACAAUUGGAACAUAUUUUAGGGGAAUGGAAACAAAUGAGAUAUGAAAUUAUGAAUGCAAUGACUGCACCAUCAGGUGAUUUGGUCGAUUUACGAGGAACACCACAACGUACAAAAUUAGCAGGUUCAAUGAUCAGUGGACUUUCAAGUAUGGAAGUUGCUUACGCAAAAGAGCUACAAAAUUACAACGAUCAUGUUCUUCGUGGUGUUACACGACCGAGUUUAUUUACACUUUUCGCUAAAGCCGCUGAGGCGUUUAAUGACAAAAAAGUCCUCGACAUGUGGCAAAUGGUCAAGUGUAUGAUUGAAAUUCCCCCCACGCCACGUGGUGAUCAAAUUAAAUCACGUAGCAGUCCAGCUGUUGAGCAGAAAAUUAUUUUUCAAGCACGUUCAUAUCUUGAAAAUCGUUAUAAGGAAUUUAUGAAUUCAGUUGUAAAUGAGAAUUUAGUUCAAGCAAAACGUGGCGGAAUUCCAGGAACUUUUCCAUUGGUCAAAAGUUUUGUUGGCAUUAAAGUUCACAAUUAUCGUGAUUUAGAGGAUGUUUAUGUUGACGAUAAACCAUUGUGGCCACUUAUUUAUUAUUGCAUGAGAGCUGGCGAUUAUAGAGCUGCUCUACAAUGUUUGACACAAUGUGGUUCAGCGUUUCAAGAAUUUCGUCAAGCUCUCGAGGAAGCUGCAAAGGAUCCACAACUACAUCCGGGUAGUCGUACUGAAUCAAUUCUCAAAUUACAUUAUCGUAAACAUGUUCGAUCUGCCACUGAUCCUUAUAAAAGAGCUGCAUAUUGCGCUCUCGUUCCAUGUGAACCAGACGAUCUUCAUUCUGAAGUAAUGUCAACGGCUGACGAUUAUCUUUGGCUGAAAUUAUGUCAAAUUAGAGAGCAACCUGAUCCUGAACAUAAGCUAACAUUGGAUAGUUUACAAACAACGAUACUCGAAGUUUAUGGAGAAUCAUAUUACCACGCACACGAACAACCAUUCUUGUACUUUUCAAUGCUAUUUCUAACUGGUCAAUUUGAAUCGGCGAUAGAAUUUUUGGCUCGUGGAGCAAGUGCUCGACAUUUAGUUCACGCUGUUCAUUUAGCAGCGGCAAUGCACGAGCAUAAUUUAUUGGCUGUUAGUCAAAGUGUUUUAGCGCCAUUAAUAAGUACUGAUGUUGCUGAUAAACCACCAGCGAGAAGAUUGAAUUUUGCGAGAUUAAUUUUACUCUACGUAAUGAGAUUUGAAGCUUCAGAUCCAAAAGAAAGUCUUCACUAUCUCUUCUUGCUAAGAUGCAUGAAGGAUCCGUACGAAAGAAAUAUGUUUGCAGCAUCCACUGCUGAAAUGGUUGUCAGUGCAACGCCAGCAAAUCGUGUUUUAUUAAUUGGAAAAAUUGAUAAAGAUCGACGUUUACCGGGAAUGUUGGAUCAAUUGCACAUUAAUACAGACGAUGUUAUAAAUAUUGCAGCUGAUACAAUGUACAAAAAAGGAGUUUUAGAAGAUGCUGUUACAAUGUAUGAUCUUGCGGGAAAUCAUGAAAAAGUUUUAAGUAUAAUGUGCAUGUUAUUGGCGCAAGUUGUUAGUCAAAAAGCUGAAGUUAAUUCAUUAAGAUCACGAUUACAUGAAGCAGCAACUGACAUGAGUAUCAGAUAUCAAGGAAUGGCAAUUCAGGCACCGUCCGAAUUAGUAGCUGCUUUCUAUACACUUAGAGAUCUAAUGGUGUUCUUCGAUCAAUUUCACAAUGAACAAUAUCAAAGUGCUUUAAUGACCAUUGCGGAGUCAAAAUUAUUACCGUUAAAUAUGAAAGAAGUGGAUGAAAGAGUUACAGCUUUACGUCGAGUGGCACCCGAAGUUUCUGGUACAUUGGCCGAUGUUCUUUUAGCGACAAUGACAAUUCUCUAUAAGCAAUAUCAAAAAUUACGUUCUUCAGAGCCUGGCGAUGAAAUUGCAAGGGAACAACAAUUGCGAGAUUUACGAGAACAAGCUCGUGCUUUGACAAGUUUCGCUGGAACUUUACCUUAUAGAAUGCCAAAUGAAACUAAUAGUAAACUUGUUCAAAUGGAAAUUCUCAUGCAUUGAACUCAAGAUUUAAAUAAUGUGUGAAGACGUUACUGUAAAUUAAUUCUAGUGUAAGUUAUUAAUAUUUUUUUAUGUUUAAAUCAAUCUUUCGUAAUAAAAUAUGAGGUAAUUGAAACAA